AUGACCGAGGCUGCGCAGCGCGACGACGCUAUCCACACUCACAAGCAGGUCCACCUCGCCUCGGAUGACCCCUUCGACUGGGAGUCGUACAUCUCCCCGUACAAGGGCCUGGCCCGCAUCCAGCGACUCAUCCACCUCGCCAGCUGCUGCCCAGAGCUGCGCCAGCCCUGCUCGGCCGCCGCCCUCGACCUGCUCAAGGAGACGACCCGCGACACGUCGAGCUAUCACCAUGUCCUGACGCUCCACAACACCGAUGCCAGCGGCAGCCUCAUCUCCGCCGCUGAGCGCAAGCAGCUCGACUCGGAGUGGCUCGCGCAGACCGAGGCCCACAACCGCAGCGAGCAGGAAAAGCUCGAGCUCGAGCUGCGCAACUACCAAAACAACCUCAUCAAGGAGAGCAUCCGCAUGGCCCACCGCGACCUCGGAGACCACUUCCGCUCCACGGGCGAGCUGCAGGAGGCGCUCAAGUCCUACACCCGCACCCGCGACUUCUGCUCGACGAGCGAGCACGUCAUCGAAAUGUGCCUCAACGUGGUCGACGUCUCGCUCCGCCUGGAAAACUACGGCAACGUGCAGACCUUUGUCUCCAAGGCAGAGGGCGUGCUCGAGACCUACGUCCCCAGCGGAAGCGGCAGCGGCAGCAGCUCGAGCGGAAGGAAGCUCAGCUCGGCGGCCACCGGCAGCAGCAGCAGCGGAUCCAUCGCACCGCCGACCAAGGGCGGCACCACGGCCGGUGCCGAUGCCAUCGGAGCGCUCUUCCGCGCCGGCGGCAGCUCGGCCGCCUCUACGAGCCAGACGGGGGGCAACACGGGGUCCACAUCGGGCGGCAGCGGAGGGGGCAGCAGCAGCACCGCGGCCGAAGCGGCUGCGAGACGGCAGGUGGCCGAGAUCGCCGCCAAGCUCAAGGCGGCGCAGGCUCUGGCUGCGCUCGGCCUCCGACGCUACGAGUCGGCUGCCAGGACGCUGGUCAGCAUCGACCCUACUCAGGCAACGGCGUUGGGCGACUACGUAUCUCCGUCGGACGUGGCCAUCUACGUGGUGCUCUGCUCGCUGGCCACCAUGGAGCGCGGCCCGCUCAAGGCGCAGGUGCUGGACCAGGCAGGCUUCCGCACUUUUCUGGAGCACGAGCCGCAUGCCCGCGAGCUGCUCGACGCAUUCGCCGCGGCGCGGUUCAGAAAGGUCGGCGAGAUCCUCGAGCGAUGGAAGAGCCGCCACGUAGUCGACCCGAACCUGGCGCCGCACAUGGAGGCGAUCCACACGGCGCUGACGCGGCGCGCGCUGCGUCAGACGUUCAGCCCAUUCGACAAGAUCAGCAUCGCGAGGAUGGCGAGCGCGUUCGGGUGGACCGAGGAGAGGAUGGCGCGCGAGCUGAUCGGCUGCGUCGAGAGGGGCGAGCUCAAGAACCUGGCGGGCCGGUCGGCGCUGGGCGUGUCUGGCGAGGCGAGGAUCGACUGGCGGGCCAAGACGCUCGAGUACCACGUCGCCGACAGCCGCAAGAAGCUGUUUGAGACGGCCAUCAAGAAUGGCGAGAAGAUGGACCGCGAGAACAAGCGCCUGCUGCUGCGCAUGAAGCUGGUCGAGCACGGCAUCGUCGUCAAGGCUCCCCCGGAACGCGAGCGAACCGGAGGCCAGCAGGCCGAGGCGUGA